UUUGACUGUAAGGGAAUUAGAAAUGUAGUAAUUUUCAUCCUGUUCACCACUGUGGAAGUGAAAAUGAGAUACGGUUUUAGCUUCAGUACAAUUUAAUGUGUAGAACCACUUACACGUUGCUAAUAUGCAAACUGCUUGACUAUGCAAAAGUUAUCUUCAGACAAGCUUUUUUGACAUAAGUAGAUAAGGAUCCUUGCCAGGAAAGACACCGCUUAUGAAGUGUCUUUUCUAAAGCCAAUAGGUGCAUUCAGAUCAAGAAAUGUCAGCGAGUCCGGGUCUUGAGGUCUUGUGUUCUGUUUUUUUGAUAUGGUGAAUAUUUUUUUUUUUAUGUUUCAGUACUCAGCCCAGCCAGUUAAUAGACUUGUCUCAACAUUUUGGAUAACUUUGCCAGGUACAACUUCUUUCCCAGGCUGACCUGACCUGGAUACCCACCAUGCAUAACAGCACUGAGGAAAUUCCUCAUGCGGCUGCGACGAGUAACGAGACUUGGACCACCCAGUCGCCGAACUCCAAGUUCUCACUGGGUAUCCUGAUGCUGCUGGCUCUUCUCAUGGUGCUGCUGUGUCUGGUGACCAUCCUUGGAAACAUCCUGGUGAUCCUUGCUUUUGUUGUGGACAAAAACCUCAGGCAUCGGAGUAACUAUUUCUUUCUUAAUCUUGCUGUUUCUGACUUUGCAGUGGGUGUGUUCUGCAUGCCCCUCUACAUCCCUUACAGCCUGACAGGGAAAUGGCACUUGGGAAGAGGCAUCUGCAAGUUCUGGCUGGUUAUGGACUAUCUUCUCUGCACAGCUUCAGUAUUUAACAUUGUUCUUAUCAGUUAUGACCGUUUUCUUUCAGUUACUAAAGCUGUGUCUUACAGAGCUCAGCAGGGAAUAGCAUCCAACCCUGCCAUCAAGAUGGUGGCCAUCUGGGUCUUAGCAUUCCUCCUGUACUGCCCAGCCAUCCUGUUUUGGGAGCACGUGGCUGGACACAGCGUGGUAGCGGUGGAUCAGUGCUACGCCGAGUUCCUCAACAACUGGUACUUCCUCCUGUGUGCAUCCACCCUGGAGUUCUUUGUGCCACUGCUCUUGGUGACCUACUUCAACAUGCACAUCUUCCACAACAUCCAGAGGCGCCAGCGGCGUGGCAGCGUGCAGGACUGUGACUCUGCAAGGAGCAGCAGCCUGUCCUGGAGGUUUUGUGGCUUGUCGAGGCCAGGGGCAUCAUCUCCUUCAUCAGAAGCAGAGGACAGUGUAUCUUAUUCCAUGAGACCAAAGAAAGAGUCUUUGGGAACUGACUGCUCGCCUCCACCCAGAGGAAAUUCUGUAACCCCAGAAAAUGACUUUUCUGCUUCUUUCUGUUCAAAGACUGGAUCAAAACUGCAGCGGGACAAGAAAAUAGCCAAGUCUCUUGCCAUAAUUGUCUGUGUGUUUGCCAUUUGCUGGGCCCCAUACUCUUUAUUAAUGAUUAUUCGUGGGGCCUGCCAAGGAAAGUGCAUCCAUAACUCUCUGUAUGAAGUAACCUUUUGGCUUUUGUGGCUCAAUUCCUCUUUGAACCCAUUUCUUUACCCCCUGUGUCAUGUUAAAUUUCGAAUGGCUUUUCUGAAAAUACUAUGUCACAAAAGGUUUGCAGCAUUGAGAUCAGGUUCUUUUUAG